AUGAUAAAUGAUGUAUUGAGCGCGAGGAGCGUCGGUGCGAGGGAGACGAAUGACAUCUUAUCUAAGCCCCAUGGUCUAGUUAAACAAAGUCACACAAAUCCUAAGUUCAUCUACGUGCUUAUUGUUGAAUAUGACGAGACUACUACUCCGUCGCCGGUCGCCGGUCGCCCGUCGGCCGCCGGCGCGUCCCCACGUAGA